CCGCGAACUCUAUGGUUUCAUGCUUAGUUUCAAGGUGUAGUUGCUAGGGGUCCAUGCCUACUACCACGCCUACCACUCCUACCACUAUGCUUAUCGCUCUACGAAUCAAUGAAGCGGAUAAAUGACGCAUGUCACGUGACUUUAUAAGCAACAAAGCGCGCGAAAAGCACGUUAUCGCUGCUCCCUUAGUAAUUGCGGAUUUAUGUUUUUUUUUUCGCUGGUGUUUUCGAGCCGUGUUCUGUGAAUUGACGCUUUUUAUACUGUGAUUGCGUGUCCGAGGUGGUGAAAGCUAAAACACAAGCUAUGGAUGACUUAAUGGAAGAUUAUCCCUUACACGAUGUUGAGAAUGAAGACGAAGCUCCCGAGGAAUCCGCAGGAGCAGCGGACAAUGGUUCAGAACAGGAAGAAACAGGGGAAAAUGUUAAACCUGCUGUGAAGAAGCGCGUUGUUACAAAUCCUCGCCCUAAACUCAACAAAGAUAGGCUUGCUGGUGCCAAAGGGAUUCCUGAACUCUUGCGAAUGUCCAAGAAUGUGCACUGGCGAGGGAAAGGCCAUGAGGUCCACGACUUAGACACAGCAUUGUCGCUACUCGAGCACUGGGGCCACCGCCUUUUUCCUCAGAUGAACUCCGACAACUUUUUCAGUAAUUUGGAACGACUGGGCAUGAAGCGGGAAGUCCAGACAUACAUGCGCAAGUUACGAAUGGGCUUGGAGGGUGAUGUUGGUGAACAGCUGCAAUUUGGUGAAAACAUAGAUGAUGGAAUAGUGGAAGAAAAAGAUGAAGAAGAACAACCACCAUUUGAGGACCCCUUUUCAUCACUGCUUGCUGAGGGUUCACAGUCAACCAGCCAACAAGUGCUCGCAACAGCGCCACCCCUGUCUCAGCAGCCAAAGGACAUAAGCGAGGAGUUGCGUGAGCGCAUGGAGAGGAGUAGACAGCAAGCACUGGAACGUCGACGUUUGCGGCUGGCACAGCAGGAGCUGCUGUCAAGAGAUAUGGAUACGGAGGCAACAGACUUCGUAUCGGCUUUAGACAGUGUUGCAAAGGAUCAGCAGGAAACUGAUAUGCAGGAGGACAUCGUCCAAUGUCCUGAGGAGCGUGAAGACCAUGGCACAUCAGAGGUGGGCAUCACAUUGGGUUCAGACAGUGUUUCAAGUAGAGGCGUGCAGGCUAACACUCAAGAGGCCAUUGAAAGGAAUCCAGAAGAUUUUGAAGAACACAGUGCAGCAACGACAGUGUUGAACGUUGUACCAGUUGUUAGUGAGGAUAGUGAAUGAAGUGGAGAGUGAAUGAAGUGUACAGUGAACAUCACUGUUGUGAUGCAAAGACGUGUGCGUUGCUUGGAGCUCCUAGCUGCCUUUGGGAGCUGAGAUUUUUUAGAAGGAAGCUGAGGACUCUCUCAGGAAUGACUCUACCUGUGAUGGGAUUGUAAUUGCUUAUAGUGACGAAGUAACAUUUGGCACCAUGGUGAGCUGCUGUGACUGGUAAAUUUUUUGCAGCAAGUACUGUUGUUUGACCUACUAUCUUUCAUUAUCGCUCGGUGACUCGGAUGUUUUUGUAGCACUGCCUGUUACACUAAAUCCUUGGAGGUUGGUUUGUACAAAGCAGCAGGCAAUAGCAUUUCAGAUACAACACCCUUCCCCCAUGUACAAAUUUUUUACACUGCUUAUGUCAGUUUCAUAGCAACUCUGCUUUUUGAACAUUGCCCUUUCGUGUGAGAAGCCAGACUAGAUAUUGAUGUUAAUAAAGUUAUCUCUUUAAACGAAAGGGGCUGCUAUUAUGUAGUUUUCACCCUAUUCAAUUUAUGUUGUGAAGCCAAGUUAGAAGUGUAUUUCUUUAAUUUUUGUUUCCCUUUACUGUAAAUAGCAGUGAAACCAGUGCUUGGGUAGACACAGGCUUGCACCGUGUAAGAAGGCCUAGUUUCCAAUGUGUUAAAUUUGGAUGGUGACACGUAAUGAUUAUUUUGCCCGCAAUAUGUGUUCCUUAUGGGGUGAAAAAAGCAUUCCACUCAUGAGAGGACACUCCUGGCUGUCAGGUAAUGAUUACAUGUGCGCCACAAGGAAAGUUGCUUGGAAAAGGCACUCGCACUGCUCCCAUUGCAUUUUAUUGUCUCUCUGCAAAGCUGUAGCCAUACUACUGUUGAUUGUAUCUGAUUGCUCGUAAACCAAGGCGACAAUAAACACCUUUAGUUGGAAA